AAUGUUAGUUGUUAUGCUUUUAUUUUCAUUUUCAGUUUCCUUGAACGCUUAGACAAAUGAUCAUUCAAAAGAUGAAUAUAAACUUAUAAUAUUCUCUGAAUUAUGUUAUGAUUAGUUUUUUGGAAAUGCGGAAGUUAGUAGUGACUGCAUUUCUGAUGUAUAUCAUAAAUAAAAAUUAGACAAUUAGCAGAACAAUUAGCAUUUUAAUGGUGGCAUUUGCUAUCAUGAAUCAAUUACCUUAAAUUCAUAAAAUUUGGAAAUCUUAAUCAAUACAGGGAAUCUCAUUUAAUGCUUAUUACACAGAAGUAUAAAAAUCAUUUAAAAAUAGUUAUACCUACUUUCAUUUAUAACAGCUUAUAAUCUAUAUAAAUAGACAAAAUUUAUUUUAUAUGGUGAAAAUGCAAUUGUAGGUCUGGAAUAUAGUAUAGUCUUAAGUUUAUUCAUUUUUUAUGAUAAAAAUUUGAAUUUUCAUUAAUGGCUCUUUAAAGCAGUUUUUUUCAUACUUAUCAAUACGCCUCUUUACAUAGGCCUUGGACCUUAAUGGAUCUUUGAUAUGACUAUUUACAUUAAUAUGAGUUUGUGUAAAUUGUUAAUUUAAUGAAAAUGAUAGUAUUUAUGGCCAGAUUUUUAUAAAUAAGAUUAAAUUGUUAAAAUAGAAAUACAGGUUAAUUAUCAUUGCUUACAUAAUUGUAAAACUCUGCAGGUAGCAUAGCAAGACUAUUUACUUUAUUUAAUGAUAAUGCAGAUUUUUCAUAUAUGGUAUUUUUUUAAAGAGAAUUUAGAUAUAUGUAUUAGAAGAUAAUAUUAUGGGUUCAAUAUUGUUAAUGUAAAUUAUUAAAACAUGGAGAGCAGAAAGGACAAAGAAUUAGAAAAAUCAUGAUAUAAGUGAACAAUCUACAUGUGAAGAUAUAAAAUAUGAUUAAAUCUGA